CAGGUCUCGGGCCCUCAGGCGGAGCGGCGGGCGCCGGACCCCCAGGCGGAGCGACAGGUCUCGGGCCCUCAGGCGGAGCGGCGGGCGCCGGACCCCCAGGAGGAGCGACAGGUCUCGGGCCCUCAGGCGGAGCGGCGGGCGCCGGACCCCCAGGUGGAGCGACAGGUCUCGGGCCCUCAGGCGGAGCGGCGGGCGCCGGACCCCCAGGUGGAGCGACAGGUCCUCGGGCCCUCAGGCGGAGCGGCAGGCGCCGGACCCCCAGGCGGAGCGACAGGUCUCGGGCCCUCAGGAGGAGCGACAGGUCUCGGGCCCUCAGGCGGAGCGGCGGGCGCCGGACCCCCAGAUGGAGCGACAGGUCUCGGGCCCUCAGGCGGAGCGGCGGGCGCCGGACCCCCAGGUGGAGCGGCGGGCGCUGGACCCCCAAGCGGAGCAACAGGUCUCGGGCCCCCA